UAUGUGAGGACACGUGUAGUGACGGUAACGCCCUCUCGAUGAUAGUUUAAAAAGUUGAUUACGGAACGUCAAUGUUUGUGAUUUUGUGAACCGAAAAGUUACAACUAAUAAUCUCAAAUUCCCCUUUUAUUUUUGUUUUUAAAUGAAACUUGAUUAAAUGCACACGCGAUGGAUUCCAUCAAAAGGGCUGACAGCACGCAUAGCAUCUCCUCUAUUGUUUCUGACUGCAGUCCAAACAAUGAUGAUCCAGAAAUCAAGACAAAAACAAAUUCUAUGUUGAAACUUAUACUAGAAGCAAUUUCUGAUACGAAUGCUGAAAACUCAGCAUUGGGAAAUGAAGUUUUAGAAUUGCUCAAUAUUUUAAAAUUUGACACAAAAUCAUUGCCCACUGAUAUCAGAGAAGGACUACAAACGACCUCAGCUAUUUUGAAAUCUGAAGGAUUACCUGCAGUUGACGAGACAGCUUUACAAUUAUGCUUGGAAAAGAAGAAGAUACAGAGCAAAAUGAAGGAACGAGAAGAGAGAUUACUUAAAGCAAAAUAUAAUGCUGCAUUUGCAAAGUACAAUGCUCUACAAGAAAAGUUGAAUCGUAUACGGAAAGAAAUUGAAGAAAUUGAGGAUACACUACAGUUGAAAAUGUCCAACGAUGAAAACACAGAGUCUGAUAGAAUCCUUUGGUCAAACAGACUUCAUGAUUACAAAGAUGCAAUUAAGAAAAUGGAACAAGAGUUGGAUACUUUACAGAGCAAAGAAAUCGGACUCGAUAGCACACUUCAAAAAUCAUCGCUGUUAAUGAAUAAGUUGAAUGAUCUCAGUCAACUUAACAGUAGUUUAAAACGAUAUGGUGAUCUUCCACCUAAUUUAUUACAAGCAAAAAUUAUGUUAGAAAGUAAGACGCAAGAGUUGGAAGAAAUCGAAAAUUUGAUAUAUGAAAAAAUGAAUAAUUAAAGCGCAAUGCAUUUAUUAAUAGCUUUUAGAAUAAGAUCUAUUAAAAAAAAAUAUAAGUUUAUUUUCAACGCGAUUGCGAAAAUUGUUAAAAUACAUUUUUUUAGUAGGCUUACUAUUGUUAGAGGUAUUCUAUUUUUGCAGUAUUAUUUUAUAUCACUUGAUCUUUACAAAAGAGAAGUAAAUUGUAAACAUAUAUUUUAAUAAGUAUUGUAUAAAAUAUUUUCAAUAAAUAUGUAGGAUAUUAUUUGAAAA